UAAGAGCUUGUUCGAUAAGCUUGAAGAAGAUUAUGGGUUGGGAUGUUUAUCUGGUGAUGAAUUGAUCGGUGAAGAAAUAAAAGGCUUAGAUUUGCAAUUUCAGUAUAAAGGGAAGUGGCGAAGCUUAGAUUGUACUGAAUUAAUAGACUUCCAAAUUCGCAAAAAUCCAUCGUUUGAUCUGGUAUUGGGACAAGAUUGGUUAUGGAUGCGUGAAGCAAAAAUUAGCUUUGGAUUUUCUUCUGAAACAUGUAGCCACCAUGCUAAACUUGUAAUAGAUAAUAUGAGUAUCCCAUUAAUCGAAGAAAAUAGCAGGCCCUUUAGGGACAACUCUUUGAGUCAUAAAGCCAGCUCCACUAAAAAUAACUCAUCUAAUUCGAUGGACUUGAAACCCGAUCUGGAGGAACUUGUGGAUAUGUUCAAGAAAUUAUCUCUCAAAAGAUUCGAUGAUGUUUCCAAAAAUAGCGGAGCUAGCAAGAAAAAUAGGGUCGAGUAUUCUAUGAAUUCAGAUACUUCAGACUCAAGUGAUUCUUCUUUGUCUAGAUUGCGAUCAGAAGUUAUAAAUAUGCAUAAGAAGCGAUGUCGCAAAGUAAAAAAGAAAAAUUAA